AUCACGGUCCACCAACCAGCACUUGGCCAGCGUGGUGGACUAGGCCUAAAACCCUUAAUCAUUGGAAGGAGACCCGUGCCCCAGCAGUGGGGACGUGAUGGGUCGUGAUGGUAAUUUACUUAAAUGUGUUUAAAAUACUAACUUUACGCGGUACUUACGAUGUACGAAUUGUAACACGUAUUGUACCUACCUAAAUACCAGGAAAAAAUACUAAUGCUAUACAUAUACCUACUUACCUAUUUUUGCAGUUUCUAGUAGACGAUAGUGCUACUCAUUGUAAAUAAUAAUUAGCGCCCACAAGUUUCCUUCUUCAUAUCAAACCAUACAGUUUUAACGCUAAGGCAUUAUUAAGCGUUAUUGUGCAUUUUUUUCAUUCUCUCUAUAGUAAUUUUAUUUAAUCAAACCGUGGACCAAGUUAAUAGCUGAUGGACGGCCCGCACCGAGAAGGAGAUACGCGAGGAAUUCAUCCAGUUGGGCAUGGAGUGCGCCAAGCAGCACCAGGUCACACCGGAGGAGAUUCAGCUCAUGCACCAGCACGUCAUCCCCGACGGUACAGGCGCCAGGUGCCUUGUCGCUUGCGUCUUCAAGAAGAAGGACUUGAUAAAUGACAAAGGAAUGUUAGAUAUUGAUGCAGCUCACAGCAUGGCAGAUAAAGAACAUUUGGACGACCCUACCAUGAUUGAAAACUCUAAGAAACUCUUCGACCUUUGCAAAUCUGUGAACGAUGAAACGGUCAGUGACGGAGAGAAAGGUUGUGACCGUGCUGCCCUCCUCAGCAAAUGCCUCAUAGCCAACUAUUCUAAGUUUGGGUUCAAGAUAUAAACGUAUUCAGGAAGGACGGACAGAAACGUAAUGCUCCACAGAAUAGGUAUUUAUAAGUAAGUUUUAAAGAAAUAAAAUAAAAUAUUGAGCAAUAAAAAUAUUAUGUGUAUUAAUCUUAAAAACAACUUAUGGUAAGAAAUUAUUACAUAUAUUUGUCGUUUUUAUAAAGUAAGACAUUCUAAUAUAAACGUUUUAAAGUAAGAAUUAGUACAAAUGUAUGAAGUAUAAACAUGUAUAUUUUAAGUAGAGAAAUGUAUCAACCUAUCUAAUAGUGUUAACUAUAUUUUACAAGAAUAGAAAAAUAUGAAUUUGGGAAAAAGACAGACACACCUUAAAACAAUAUU